GUUCCAAUUCCGCGGGGAGGGACAAAGGCAUCUGCGAGCUGCAGGCAACGCCCGGUCGCAUCUGGUGGUGCGCUCGCCACUGCCCUCCGUCCUCUGCCUCGGAUCUAGCGCCAGCUCCUCCGUCAGGAGCCAGGAGGUGGCCACAAGGACCCAGGCCUGGGAAGGCCUGAGCGCCCGAGGCCGUCUCCUGAAGGGAGUGGGGGAAGGGCGCGCCUGAGGUGAUUCGGGGGAGGGCGCAUUGUUGCGAGGGAUGGUGUUUCUGUGGGCCACCGUGAGUAAUUUCACUCGCCAGCUGUGGUGACUGUGGCCAAACAGCAGGCUGUGUGGGGACGGGCGUGGGAAAGAAAUCGUCAGUCAGCACCAAGGACCUUCCAGUUGGGAAGCGGUGAAGGGGGAAGCAGCAUCCACUCCCCCCGCACUGUCCAGUGGAACACCUGUUUGAGGAGCCUGGUGUCGUCGGUGGUGAUGAAGUCUCUGGUGGUAAUGACGUAGGUGAGCCGUCAGCUUUAUGACAGAAGUAGGCCGUUUCCUGAUUCUUUUCAGGAAACUUAGGAGAACAGAGAAGGACUCGAAGAACGUGAAGAUGAAGCUGUAAUAAACUGCCAACUUUGAAGACCGUACAUUGCCGUUCACUUUUGACGCAUAGGAAUUGCAUGAAGAAGCUUGGCCCUCACCUCCCUUAAGGACUGUAGGUUUAGGAUGUAGUUCUUUCCAAAAUAUUACACAUAGUCAUUGAAAUACUUAAAUACUUAAAUACUUAAAUCACUUGCAAUUUCAAAUAUCUGACUAUAUUUUGGAUAGCUAUUAGGGAAAUUUUAUGUAUCACUAAGAAGCACAAAUUUACCCUGUACUGGACAGAACCCUGGGGAAAUCUAUUCUGAUAUAUGUACUUCCCUGUUAACGAUUAAAGACUGGAGACUCAUUGCAGUCAUGGCCUUCACCAAUUACAGCAGUCUCAACAGAGCUCAACUAACCUUUGAAUAUCUGCACACAAAUUCAACCACUCAUGAAUUCUUGUUUGGUGCUCUUGCUGAACUGGUUGACAAUGCAAGAGAUGCUGAUGCCACCAGAAUAGACAUUUAUGCUGAGAGACGAGAAGACCUUCGAGGAGGAUUUAUGCUUUGCUUUUUGGAUGAUGGAGCAGGAAUGGAUCCGAGUGAUGCUGCCAGCGUGAUCCAGUUUGGGAAGUCAGCCAAACGAACUCCUGAGUCCACACAAAUUGGGCAGUAUGGCAAUGGAUUAAAAUCGGGCUCAAUGCGCAUUGGGAAGGAUUUUAUCCUCUUCACUAAGAAGGAAGACACCAUGACCUGCCUCUUCCUGUCUCGUACCUUUCAUGAGGAAGAAGGCAUUGAUGAAGUGAUAGUCCCAUUGCCUACCUGGAAUGCUCGAACACGGGAACCUGUCACAGACAAUGUGGAGAAGUUUGCCAUUGAGACAGAACUCGUCUACAAGUACUCUCCCUUCCACACCGAGGAGCAAGUGAUGGCCCAGUUCAUGAAGAUUCCCGGAAAUAGUGGAACACUGGUGAUCAUCUUUAAUCUCAAGCUCAUGGACAAUGGAGAGCCGGAACUAGACAUAAUCUCAAAUCCAAAAGAUAUCCAGAUGGCAGAGACCUCCCCAGAGGGCACGAAGCCAGAGCGACGCUCCUUCCGAGCCUAUGCUGCUGUGCUCUAUAUUGAUCCUCGGAUGAGGAUCUUUAUUCAUGGACACAAGGUGCAGACCAAGAGACUCUCCUGCUGCCUGUAUAAGCCCAGAAUGUACAAGUAUACAUCAAGCCGUUUCAAGACGCGAGCAGAACAGGAAGUGAAGAAAGCAGAGCAUGUAGCACGAAUUGCUGAAGAGAAGGCCCGGGAGGCAGAGAGCAAAGCUCGGACAUUAGAAGUUCGCAUGGGUGGAGACCUGACACGGGACUCUAGGGUGAUGUUGCGGCAGGUCCAGAAUACAGCCAUCACCCUGCGUAGAGAAGCUGAUGUCAAGAAGAGGAUCAAGGAUGCCAAGCAGCGAGCACUCAAAGAACCCAAGGAACUGAAUUUUGUUUUUGGAGUCAAUAUUGAACAUCGGGACCUAGAUGGCAUGUUUAUCUACAAUUGUAGCCGUCUGAUCAAGAUGUAUGAGAAAGUGGGCCCACAGCUGGAAGGGGGCAUGGCAUGUGGUGGGGUUGUUGGGGUUGUUGAUGUACCCUACUUGGUUCUGGAGCCUACACAUAACAAGCAGGACUUCGCUGAUGCUAAGGAGUACCGGCAUCUACUUCGAGCAAUGGGGGAACACUUGGCACAGUACUGGAAGGACAUCGCCAUUGCCCAGCGUGGAAUCAUUAAGUUUUGGGAUGAAUUUGGUUAUCUUUCUGCCAACUGGAACCAACCCCCAUCCAGUGAGCUUCGUUUCAAACGCCGGAGGGCAAUGGAAAUCCCAACCACUAUCCAGUGUGAUUUGUGUCUAAAAUGGAGGACCCUCCCCUUCCAGCUGAGCUCAGUAGAAAAAGACUAUCCUGAUACUUGGGUUUGCUCCAUGAACCCCGACCCUGAGCAGGACCGCUGUGAAGCUUCUGAACAGAAGCAGAAGGUUCCCUUGGGGACGUUAAAAAAGGACCUAAAGACACAGGAAGAAAAGCAGAAGCAGCUGACAGAGAAAAUUCGCCAGCAACAGGAAAAGCUAGAAGCUCUUCAGAAAACCACACCCAUCCGCUCACAAGCUGACCUGAAGAAAUUGCCCUUAGAAGUGACUACCAGACCUUCCACUGAAGAACCUGUGAGGAGACCUCAGCGUCCUCGGUCACCUCCUUUACCUGCAGUGAUCAAGAAUGCUCCUAGCAGACCGCCUUCUAUUCAUGCUCCCAGACCAACCAACCAACUCCGAAAGGCUUCAGUUGUCAGCAGCCCCCCAAAGCUGCCUGCUCCAGCAGCCCGAGGAGAAACUAGUACUUCCAGGCUGCUCCAGCUAGCUGAGGCACCCCGAAAGCCUGCAAACCCUCCCAUCAAGACUUCACCCCGACCUACUCCUCCUAUACAGCCUUCAUCACCCUCUCUACUCCCCAACUCCAAGAACCUUCGGGAGGUCCCUGCUCAAAAAGCCAUCAAGUCUCCAGUGGUCAAGAAACCAGAGCCACCUGCUAAACAUUCUGUGGCAACUUCAGGUCGGAAGCGGAGUCUUGUAGUCUCUGAUGAGGAAGAGGCUGAAGAAGAAGCUGAGAAGAGGAAAGAGAGAUGCAAGCGGGGCAAGUUUUCUGUGAAGGAGGAAAAGAAGGAAGCAAGUGAGCUCUCAGACAGUGCUGGGGAAGAUGACCCAGCUGAACUCAAGAAGGCUCAAAAAGAUAAAGGACUGCAUGUAGAGGUACGUGUGAACCGGGAGUGGUACACAGGCCGUGUCACAGCUGUAGAGAUGGGCAAGAAUGUGGUUCGAUGGAAAGUGAAGUUUGACUACGUGCCCACAGACACAACACCAAGAGACCGCUGGGUGGAGAAAGGCAGUGAAGAUGUACGACUGAUGAAGCCACCUUCUCCAGAGCAUCAGAGUCCUGACACGCAGCAAGAAGGUGGAGAGGAGGAGGAAGAGGAAGAGGAGGAGGAAGAGGAGGAGGCUGUGGUGGCCCAGCAGGCUGUGGCCUUGCCAGAGCCCUCUACCUCUGAUGGUCUCCCCAUUGAGCCUGACACCACUGCCCCAAGUACCAGCCAUGAGACUAUUGAUCUCCUAGUCCAGAUUCUUCGGAACUGCUUGCGAUAUUUCUUGCCUCCAAGUUUCCCCAUCUCCAAGAAAGAACUGAGUGCUAUGAAUUCAGAAGAACUAAUAUCUUUUCCUCUGAAAGAGUACUUCAAGCAGUAUGAAGUGGGCCUCCAGAACCUGUGCCAUUCCUACCAAAGUCGUGCUGACUCACGGGCAAAAGCCUCAGAAGAGAGCUUGCGCACUUCUGAGAAAAAGCUUCGUGAGACAGAGGAGAAGUUACAGAAAUUGAGGACCAACAUUGUAGCACUCCUGCAGAAAGUACAGGAGGACAUAGACAUCAACACAGAUGACGAGCUGGAUGCCUACAUUGAGGACCUCAUCACCAAAGGGGACUGAGGAACUCGGAGGCAGAUAACUCCUCUGAACACCUGCUCCUCAGCACAGCAGCUUCUGGGGAGGGCAUUUCAUUAGUGAGUUGGUGGGCUUAAUCUUGGUUUGACUCAUGUGAGACAUUUGUGCUUUGGGAAGAAGAUUCCUUGAAUCUUCCUCCCUAAGUUUACAUAAAUAUUUAUUUUUUAAAAGAGAAGAUGUUAAUGCCUGCUGUGAGACCAUUCUUCUUUUGUGUGACUCUCGAGGAAAGGGCACAGAGUCUGAGCCAUUGAGCUCCUGGCACCUCAAGAUAGGAUGCAGCAAGUGCCAUCCUGAGCUGGAGAGGCUCCAGGGGCAGGGUGAUUUUUCUCCUAAAGGAUCAAAAAUGGGACAUGAAAAAAUAUAUGACCCCAGGGACUCAGAUCUAUAAGACCCAUAAGGGGUCAUCAAAGCAGGCCCAGACCAGAAGGACUCUCCUUACAACAGACCUUGUGUCCAGUAAGGGCUGUGAAUGUCUGUAGGCUCCUGAGCAGCUGUCAGAGUCACCCUAACUGUGGCUGUAUCCAGACAGCUUGGAGAUGAUUCUUGAUGCUCACAUUUCCCAACACACCACCUACUUUGUUGCUAAAGGAGCCAUUGCCUGAAUCAACCACACUGUCCAAGCUCAAGCGUAGACAGCUCUGACUGCUCAGAUUGCUGGACUGGAUAGCACUCUGAAUGUUGACCUAAGAGUCUCAGGGUAUGCAGGUGUAAAAGAGCUCUCUGGAAGAGGGGGCUUCCUCAGUGGUGCUAGUUCCUGAAGAGCCUUUGCUGCUGCUUUUCUACUGUGUCCUCUGUGGGUUCCAGAGAGCCCAGCACCUCCCAUACUCUGAACAGUGAGGAGAAGGGACCAUGUGCUUCAGGCAACUACUCAGAGCCGGAAGGGCAAGAGCUUCAUUUGAUGGCCAUUGGGAGAAUUCUGGUUCCAGUCCUGCCAACUCUUCACUACUGUUGAAGACCACUGAAGAUAGAGCUGUGACUUUGUACUCUUGAUCCAAACCACAUUGGGAUUUGUUUCCUCCAUCUACCCAAGUCCCAUGGUGUUUGCAGAAGAUGGGGAAGUGGUGGUGAGGGAAUUGUGCACAUGUGUCUAGAAGCGCCUGCUUGGGCUCUAGGCUACCCCAGACUGUCUGAGAAGGCAAUCUCUGAUGCAGGGUUGUUGUGAGGGAGUAUCAUUCACAAGUAGUCCUCUUCUCUGCAGCGUUCUCCAAUAGAUGGGUUUCCUGAGUUGGUGCACAUAAACCCCGAUCCAACUUUCUGUUGACCCUAUCCAGGCAGUGUGUGGUCCAUUUUUGUCUGUAAACCUACUGUUUAAAAGAAAAUCGGUCCUGCAUUUUUAUUGGCAGGUAAUGCUUUUUUUUUUUAACCUACACAUGUAAUCAAAAUGUGUUACCAUAAAUUUCUACUGGUGAAACUCCUGA